GGGAAGCCAUGAGAGCUCCUCAAAUCCUUUCCAUUUUAAUAAGGUUACGAAGUAGGUUCCGAAUUUUGAACGGCAUUCCGUUUUUACCAUGUAGGCCCAGUUCCUGGUCAUCCCAAUUCUUCCCAUCAUCAUUUUCAUAGGAUACAACAAGCAUUCUCAAUCUAGUGCAAUACUGGGAAAAGACAAUCAGUAGUACUGACAGAAUCAAUUUCUCAUCAUAAUGGAAAAAUAAAUAAAAAACCAGCAUUUCUAAGAGAGUACAGAAGCUUAGCGAUGCAAUGAUUCUAAGUUUGAAAGUUUAGCAACAAGUGAUUUUCUUUUGUUUAGUCUUAAGGAAAGACAGGAAAGUAAAACAAAAUCAAUCAUGCAAAACUCUGUUCUCGUUCUCGCAUGGCAGUUUGGAACCUAAAUUUAAGCCGCGGGGGAAGGGCGAAGUGAGAACGGGGGUACGGGAUUCCGUAGCAGAAGAUAAAAGAGGAAGAAGAAGAAGAGGCCGUUGUUUCUGCAGAGAAUUCCCGUGGGCUUAAGGAUUAGGGUUAGGGUUAGGGUUUGGAUGAGGCUCACAUUUAUGUUACGUCUGAGCUUAAUAAUGAAUGAAUCUUUUCUGUUGUUGGUUCGUGUGAUAUAAUUUGUUUUGAGAGAAUAAGUAGGUAGGUGGAGUAGUGAUAGGCGCAUUGGAGCACGCGCGAGAGCACUACUUAAGCAUUAAGCAUGCCACUACACCCAACAACUCUGGUCGACGUGGCACACACUAACGCGAACAAUCCAUCAUGCCCAUCACACGGCACAACGGACAGGCAAAUGGAGUUUGUUCGUUGCCUGGUUCGAUAAAAUAAUGGACGAAAUGGAAUGAUCGGCGGCCAUAAAAAAGGGAAAGAAAGGGCAAAGGGCAGGCCCCCGGCCAGGGCGGGGGACUGUGCAAAGGUAGAGGCAAAAGGGAGGGCUAAGCAGAAGAAGAAGCGGCGCUUUUUCCAAAUUUCCCGCACGGAAGGAAAAGAAAAAGGAAGGUGCGUGCAAAUGCAUGGCCCGCCUCGCAAACCGGUCCCCGCAGUGUCUCCUGAGCAGAGGUGUCGGUAUACAGACGUAUCGUAUGCGGCAACUGACAGAAGAGCAGACGGAUUGUAAUUGAUUGAUGGAGCAGUAGGUACAAAGGCAGGGGUUUAGUGAAGUGCAUGUGUCCGGCAGUUGACGGCGGCAGAUUGUAAUUGAGCAGAUGUGGAUGGAAGGAAGGAUUCUCGGUAAUAGCGAUCAGAGAGCGUGCGCGAGUCAUGAUGCGGGAGAAUGAAUGGAAGGCCAGACACAUCAUCAUUAACGGUGAAGGAGACGGAUGGAGGGAUGUUUAAUGGAAAAUAUUUGAUUUGCGCUAUAAUCUUGGCUUCGUUCCGUCCUAGAAAUUCACUUGGGAAAGCGAGACAUACGAGCAGUUUCUCAGGGAAGGAGAGUUGUGUCGGCUGAUUACGGAACAGCGGAAAGGAACAGGAAGUCUGUGGGCAAGGGUUCGAGAAAGAUUUGGCGUCAAGAUUGACAGAAAUUUUUUGAUUUUGUUUUUUUGAAGAAAUUAACGGCGUCGUCGUCAUAGUGUAUGAGUUAUGAGUAUUUGUGUAUACUCGAUGGCGGAGUAAGAGGAGAUUAUGAUAACUAUACAGAGGAGUGUCACGCGGGCAUCCACGCAAGUAUUAUGAUGCAUGUUUAUUUCUUUUUUCUUCUAAUUCCGCAAAUCCAUGCUCUUUAUUUCACUCUCUCUCCUUUUCCUGCCUGCGCUCGCAAUCCUUGUGAAUUAUAUCAUCGAUUUCGGCUCCUCCUACUCCCAUAUAACGCGCGCUUGCCUGGCGUCUUUUCAUCUGUGAUUCUCUUUUACUUACUUCAUUGCCAGCUUUCUCCUCCUUUUAUUCGCCUCACUUUGGAGCCGAGAACUUUCUCUUUUGGCUUUUCACGGCCUGCCAAGCAUUUCUCUUACUCUUGUUCUGCAGUUAAUAUUCGUCUGCCUGCCUGCACACUUAUCCAUAGUUAAAGGCAACAGAAUAAGCCCUUACCGUGAUCACACCACAGCAUGGGUGAAAACGGCGAGAAUGCAAACGGUAAAUCGGCCAACGGUAACGGCGUUCACGAAAGCGUCAAGUGUAAUGGAACAGUAAUGGCUGCGCGUUCUUUCGGUGAUGGACGCCGACGUUCCUGCUGGUACGAAGAAGAGGUUGACGAUGAUCUCCGCUGGUGUUUCGCUUUAAACAGUAUUUUGCACACAGGAGUAAGCGAGUACCAAGACAUAGCUCUCCUCGACACAAAAGCUUUCGGCAAGAUUCUUGUUAUAGAUGGCAAGUUACAAAGCGCAGAAAUGGACGAGUUUAUAUACCACGAAUCUCUAGUGCAUCCGGCUCUGCUUCACCAUCCCAACCCCAAGAGCGCUUUCAUCAUGGGAGGUGGCGAAGGCUCUACGGCAAGGGAGAUACUCAGACACAAGACUGUCAACAAAGUCGUUAUGUGUGAUAUUGACGAGGAAGUUGUGGAUUUCUGCAAGAAACACUUAACUGCUAAUCAAGAGGCAUUCUCCAGCUCCCGACUUGAUCUGGUGAUCAAUGAUGCCAGGGCGGAGCUCGAAACGAGAGUGGAAUGUUUUGACGUGAUAAUUGGAGACCUAGCGGACCCCAUAGAAGGGGGUCCUUGCUACCAGCUUUACACCAAAUCUUUUUACGAACGGGUUGUCAAGCCAAAACUAUGCCGCGGAGGCAUUUUUGUUACUCAGGCGGGACCUGCCGGUGUUCUGAGUCAUACACAGGUUUUUUCUUGCAUCUACAAUACACUGAGACACGUUUUCAAAUAUGUCGUGCCCUACUCCGCACACAUUCCUUCAUUCGCCGACACCUGGGGAUGGGUCAUGGCAUCGGACCAACCCUUUACAUUAACCAGCGAAGAAAUCGACAGUAGAAUUAAGCAGCGUACAGAAGGAGAUCUGCGGUAUUUGGAUGGCCAGACAUUCAUCGGAGCUUCAAUUUUGAGCAAGAGCGUGCGCAAAGCCUUGGCUAAGGAAAGCCAUGUAUAUACUGAGGAGAGUGCGAGAUAUAUUUACGGGCAUGGAGCAGCGCAUAAGCUACACAACUGAUCUUCUUUGGCUCUUUAAAAACCAGUUUUGUCUCCUCGGCAUAAGCAGGAAUGGAGUUUUCUCCUGCCACCUGCCAAAGCUAAUACGGCGUUAGAUAUUACUGCAAAAGUGAUGACCUGUUGUUGCUGUAAUUUGUGAAAAUGGAGAACAUACUUUACAGUGGAAUGUAUAGUAACAGCUGUAUUUAUUUAAAUUUAUUUGAUGUAAUCAUUCUGUUGAGUA